AUGAAGAGCAUGCGAGGUUUGAUGCACACAACCAGUGUCCAAACAACGCAUGAGAACAAGACUACUUUCGCUACAACUUCUAUCGCUGGACACAAAAGGAGCUUUUCAACUACAGGGGAUGAACAUAGAAUACCUCCGCCUGCGAUUCGUGCCACGGUUCAAUUCCAACGAGCCUCUAGCCUUCCCUCGGCUCCUACCAGAAUCUCGGCGAGCCGCAUUGUUCGUCUAGAUGAGCGAGUCGGGCCCUCUGAAUAUUCUCAGAGAGUAGCUAUAGCUGCGACUCCUACUGCUUCUCGUGAUCCUGAGCUUGAUUUAAGCCAUCCUUCAUAUGAAUUACCACGGCAAAUGGUUGAUAAUUUUGCUUCCCUUGGCAUAAAACAGAUAUACCCAUGGCAGAAAUCGUGUCUCAAAGGGCCCGGACUCCUAACAGGGGAGAAAAACCUUGUAUAUUGUGCUCCAACCGGUGGUGGCAAAUCCCUUGUGGCUGAUGUGCUUAUGCUCAAGAGAAUAUUACAAGAAAAGGGGACAAAGGCCCUUCUUGUAUUGCCAUAUGUUGCAUUGGUUCAAGAGAAAGUUCGCUGGCUUCGUAAUGUGGUACAAGGGUUACGCUUUACUCCUGAUACGGCUAUCGAUGAUGACAAGCGCAUCUGGCGUCGACGGGCUGAUGAAAAUGCAGUCCGUGUCGUGGGUUUCUUUGGGGGUGGCAAAGUUCGAGCGACUUGGGCCGACUUUGACAUUGGUGUAUGUACACUAGAGAAGGCAAAUGCACUCGUGAAUACGGCUAUUGACGAUUGUUCCAUCUCUAAACUUCGCGCGGUUGUGCUCGAUGAGCUACAUAUGAUUGAUGAUGAUCACCGAGGGUAUUUGCUGGAGCUCAUGGCGACCAAAUUGCUCAGCCUCGAACAACCGGUGCAAAUCGUUGGCAUGAGCGCUACUCUCCCAAACAUGGACAUGAUGGCUAAGUGGCUCAAUGGACACUGUUACGAAACUCGGUAUCGACCAGUUCCCAUUGAGGAGCAUCUCGUGUAUGACGGCAACAUUUAUCCCGCAGGGUCUACAAGCAGUCUGAUCAAGACGGCAGCACAACUCAAUAGUCGGACUACACAAACACAGGCACAGACGAAACCUAUCCGACGAAUCGAGCCUUCUACUCACAAGGAACUGCGUGACCCGGUGCUAAAUGCUGUAGUGACAUUGGCUUGCGAGACUGCUAUUGCUGGCUUCGGAGCCCUUGUCUUUGCUGGGAGCCGUGGUAUGUGCGAGUCGGAUGCACGGUGGAUUAGUCGAGCCAUGCCUGCGCCGCACGAACUUAGGAUUGAUGUUGUGGACAGAAGAAUGGAUCUAUUGGGAGAGCUCCGCAGUCUCAGCACUGGACUUGAUCCGGUGUUGGAAGAGACUGUGCUUUAUGGAGUCGCCUUUCACCGUAAGCGAAACAGUCUGCCCCUAGUGUCCGAAUCCAAUGCUAACCAUAACAGACAGAGGGAUCUCGUCGCGGCGGCUUACGAUGCUGGAACAUUGCUCGUUUGCGUCGCCACUUGUAGUCUGGCGGCUGGCCAGCAAGAAGAUGCUCUAUUGGAGGUCAUAUCCAUACGUCUAGCAACAAGCCAUGAGGCCAUCUCGGAUUAUUUCUCAAAAUCGCUGUUGAGCCAUACUCAUGACGCCCAGUUUGUCAAGAAAUGCAUAGCCUCGAGCUUAGAGGAAAUAGAAUCCAUGGGUUUCGUCACUCAGGAUUCUUUGUCGAUGUUCACAGCGACACAAUUGGGGAGGGCCAUUGUAGCCUCGGCCAUCGACCCGGAUGAUGGUGUGUUUGUCCAUGAUGAACUCAGCCGAGCUCUCCAGGCGUUUGUCAUGGAUGGCGAAAUGCACAUAUUAUACACAUUCACCCCUGUCCAAGAGUCUGGUGUCAUGGUAAACUGGCAGGUAUUCCGAAACGAAAUGGAAGGUUUGGAUGAGAGUGGUUUGCGGGUUUUGCGCCUCUUGGGUAUCAAGCCUACGACGAUUCUCAAGUUGGCCCAAGGCGCCACGCUUCGAGAAACCACACAGGAAGAGAAGCAGAUAGCCCGAGUGCAUCGACGCUUCUAUCUAGCUCUUCAGUUACGUGAUCUUUGCAAUGAGGUGCCCAUUCAUGUUGUAGCACGCAAAUAUGACGUGCCUCGUGGAAUGGUUCAAAACCUUUCGCAGACCUGUCAAGGUUUUGCUGCUGGAAUGAUCAAGUUCUGUGAACAAAUGAGCUGGGGAGUGAUGGCCGCGGCUCUUGACCAUUUUUCGGAUCGACUUGUGGCUGGUGCAAGAGCUGACUUGCUAGCUUUGGCGAAGAUUCCCUUCAUAAAAAGCCGGACAGCACGUGUAUUCUGGGAGAACGGUUUUCGUACAGUAGCAACAAUCGCAAAUGCAGAUCCUACAGAGCUGCUGCCCAUAUUGAUGCAGGCACAACCAAAUAAGAUCCGUCUCAAAGGGAAAGAUAACGAGAAAUAUGAAGAGAAGUUACUCGUCAAGGCAAAGGUCAUAGCUGACGCCGCAAGCAAGAUCUGGAAAGUGCAAAUGCAAGCGGAGAUAGACGAGGAGUAA